AGUCAAUGACCUCGACUGUGUUUACAGGCUCUGAUUCAACCAAUCAGAGUACGGCACAUUCUCACUGUCUGUCUGUCUGUGUGUCUGUCUGUCUUCUUCUUCUUCUGGUAUCUCUGCAGUGUGACGAUGCACUGCAAAGGAAACUCCUGCUGCUGUUCCUUUGAGGACUACAAACUGACCACAGAGUGGCUGCUAAACCACACGAGUCACCGUCCGAAGGUUGCAGUGAUCUGUGGUUCAGGACUCGGCCUGCUGGCUGACGGAGCUGCCAACAAACAGACCUUCAGGUACCAGGACAUCCCCAACUUCCCUGUCAGCACAGUCGCAGGUCAUGAAGGCUGCCUGGUGUUUGGGACGAUCGAGGACACUUCCUGUGUCUUCAUGCAGGGUCACUUCCACCUGUACGAAGGUUACUCCCUCUGUCAGGUGACAUUCCCAGUGAGGAUCUUUAAGCUGAUGGGGGUGGAGACUGUGCUGGUGACCAAUGCCUCUGGAGGAAUCUGUCCGGACUUUAAAGUUGGUGAUAUUAUGCUGAUCAAAGACCACAUCAACCUGCCAGGAUUUGCUGGACAGCAUCCAUUGUGUGGACCCAAUGAUGAGCGUUUUGGGAUCCGGUUCCCCUGUAUGUCCGAUGCGUACAGUAAGGAUCUGCGGCGGUUGGCACUGGAUGUUGGCUCCGAGCUUGGCUGCAGUGAUUUCAUCAGAGAGGGGGUUUACUGUAUGGUGAGCGGACCAAACUUCGAAACCAUCGCUGAGGCCAGAAUGCUGCUGAUCCUGGGCUGUGACUCUGUGGGUAUGAGUACAGUUCCUGAAGUGACGGUGGCAAAGCACUGUGGACUCAGAGUUCUUGGUCUGUCCCUCAUCACCAACAAGGUGUCUCUGGACUACAGUCGGGAGGAGAAAGUGAACCACGACGAGGUUCUUGAGAUCAGUAAGAUGAGGGCGGAGGUUCUGCAGAAACUUGUCACCAUGUUGAUCUCUCGCUGCCAACAGCAGAGCAUCAACACACACUGACACAACAACACCUACUGACACAUCAACACCCAUUAACUACUGACACAUUAACAGAGCUUCAGAAGAGUCCACCACUGCACUCUCAGCACUGAAUAAUAUUUGACUAUAAAUGUUCUCUUAGUGUCAGGUGUUCUGUUAAUAAACUGCAGUGAGUCUGUGA